AUGGGACAACAGCCCAUUCCCUGGCGUGAGGACCAAGCGAGAGGGCCUGGCUGUUCUGUGAGGACCCGGCGGGGCGAGCCAGUCCCAGCCCCGGAGCGGGGCAGCGGGGAGGCCCGGGCCUCGCGCCGUCUCCGGCCUCAGGGCCAGGCCCUCCCACCUCCCGGCGGCCGGAGAGUUACCGCCCCGCUCCGCCGCGAGGCCCCAGCCUGCCCCCGCCCGGGCCCGCCCUCCGCCACAGCCCGCCCCGGGCCCAAGCCCGGCCCCAGGGGACGUUCCCCCGCCCGUCGCUGCCCUCUCCGGGUGCAAGAUGGCGGCGGGCGACGGUCGGGAGUCGGCGCCGGCCCUCCCCGUCUCGGUACUCCGGGAUUCCGCCGCGUCGCCGGCAAGGCCCCACGUGGGACACCCCGGCCUUCCCCUACCUUCGGGUCUGGAGUAGCGAGCCCACCGCGCCUCGGAUUGGGCGGGGCCGGGGCUGUGACCCGGGGGCGGGGCCGGGAGGCGGGGCAGCGGCGGGAAACAGGCGCGCUCUGA